AUGGCGAGAACGAAGCAAAUCGCGCGCAAAGGCCGAGGCGGUGCUGCUUCGCGCAGACGACUCGGCACUCAGACAGCGACGACCGAAGCUCUUCGAGGCAGUCUCUUCGGCGAUGCGAACGAGCCACAACCCAAAUUUCACGUUGGCGACAAAGUGUACCUCAAUGGAGUUCUCCCGGCCCAUACGAAGACAGACUUCGAAAUAGUCUGGUUCAACAUCACCGAUGGUGUUUGCGAAUACCGCCUUGAAGGCAGUCUUUCUCCCGGCUCCAAGACAAAAAUCGUGGUCUCUGAAGAAAAGGUGUAUCAGCUGGCCUAUCCGAUCGGUACCGAGCUCGAAUUCCAUGGGAAGGGUCCGUUGAGCGUCGUGAGGGACAAAGUCAAGGUCACAGAUUGGAAGUUAAGGAAUGGAGAGGUGGUAUACGAUGUUGACGUCGGACAAGUGUCGCAAGUCCACACCGUCGGAACCAGUUUCGGGCUCAAACUCAGAGGUCUCGGCCUGCUCGGAGCCGAAUUGCGCCACGUCUUCACUCCUCACAAAUCCGAGUCAGCGGGCCAUGUCCAGUUGGACUGGAACGUCGGCGUCCAUCAGAUCUCCGAAGCCCAGCUCGUGGCGGAGCAAGAACCUAUGAAGAUGCUUGGUGGUGCCGCACCCAAUGAUGUCGAGGCGGAAGAUUCAGCUUGA